AACACCUCAUUGCAACAUGUCAGAUUUCAAAGCUGUGCAAAGAAAAUAGAAUUACUGUACAUGGAACAGAUCUAGAUAGAGGAAAAGGCAAAAGUAACUAUUUAUGGCCAAAGCCUAAGAUGUAUACUCAGAAGUAAACUCAGAAGAUGAAUACUCAGAAGUAAAUCAGAAGCUAAUUCGGAAGAGGUUUACUCAGAAGUAAAUCAGGGGAAGUUACUUCCUCCUUUGUACUGCUACUUUUAUCUUCUUCUAGAAAAUGUCUCUACCUUCUACAGAAUCAGCUUUCCUGGAAACAUUUGUUUUGAGUCAAUGAGGAGCCACACUGUGAAAAGAAUUUGUGGAGUUUGGAUAACUUUGCUUGCUUUCAACUCACUGAAAAUAUGGUAGAUGUGGAAAAAUGGCUUUGCAGGAUCAUGCUGCUCUUUCUUUCAUUCCAUUCUGGAACAGGGGGAACCCAGCUAACACUAACACCUCCAGGUUUUAUAGAAACUGCCUGUUUCAACAGUAUGUUUUGGAUGAAACUGGAUGAGUCCUUUCUUCAGAAAAAGUACCUCAGGAUAGAAAUAAUUAAUCAUGCGGUUGUCACUGUCUUGCCUGACAAGGAGGUGGAAACUCGCUGUGGUUAUGUCCUGUCAGAAGAUGUGUGGGGAAAUCGGAUCUUCCGGGCUUCUUUUCUUGGCUGUCAUGUUACGAACGAGAGGGAUGAAAGGUUUACUCUUACUUUAAAUAUCAAAGUGUCAUCAUUUGAAGACAUGAGAGCGCCUAUGACUUAUCAGCGUGUUUUAAGCUGUCCCUAUUUCCCAUGGGCUCCACGAGAGAUUGUGUGUGAAGAAAAUUACAUGGAGGUGUCAGUGAAGACUGAUGUCCCAGUGAUUUCAGAUGUUGAGACUGAAGACUGGAUGCCAGCCCUGCCAGAGACAGAAAAGGUUGCAUAUCAGGUAUGGCAGCUGAUAUUCUAUUCUCCUUCAGGGAGAAAGACAACCGUGGUGAGUGAUGCCAGUAAGCUAGGCUACAGUUUCAAUAACACGCUGACAAGGGUUUUCCUUCGGUCUCCAUACUCCACAAAUGAAUCUGAACAUUCAGUGGCUAAUGGGGUCACUAUGAGUACCGUCAGCUCCACUUCCAUGUACAAACAAAGAUGGCUUCUCCUGUUGAUAGAUACCACAGUAUCGUGCCCUGCUGAUGGCACCAGCUUCACAGAUACUGUCAUAAGAUGGACAGUGCCAACUAUGAUUCCUAGACUGGUCCUUCAAGCACACACCUUCACAUCCCUUAAUGUAUCAAUGGGAGUUGGAGGGAAAAGAAUUGAAAACCCUGAAAAAUUCAACUAUGUACUGGAAAAUAAUCACACACAUGUUGGAAUAACAAUCCCAAUUGGAGCAUUUGGGGGCAGAUUUAAGAGCACUGUAUCUAAUGGCAUCUAUGGAAUGACAUGGAGUAUUGACUUAUUUUUGGAGCAUACCUGGUCGGAUACAGAUUGGCAGCUGACCAAGUAUACUGUGAUUAAGCCAAUCACGACACCCUUCAUGCCACAAAUACCAACUGUAGUCAAUAACACCAUUCCAGAAACACGAGUGUUUGAUGUUAUGUUGGGAGUCUUCCUUCCUGAUGUCACUCUGGUAAUACUUACAAUAGGAGGUAUACCUUUAACACUCAAAGAAGCUGAGCAAAAGAACUACAAGAUCUCAGACACUCCUUUCCCUACUGGAAUGAAGGGCUUUAAACUGGAAGUACCUUUUGAUGACCCCAUUGUCCAAAAAGAGUAUGUGAACAAAAAUGAAACUAAAUAUAACCUGCGUGUGAACUACACACUGAAUGUGGGCCCUGAGAAGAAGCUAUACCAUCAUUUUGCAGACAUAGAGUGUAUAAUUGCAGAUAUUGUACUACCAGAAGGCACUGGAUAUUGUGACAAAGCAAACAUGUAUUUAGUUCUUCCAACUAAAGACAUCUACAAAUAUUGGAGCUUACAUGUAGGCAAUAGGCCUCUAAAUCAGGCUACUGCCUUUGCAGAUGGGUAUUUUCUCACUGCAAAUGAUACUCAUCUUGUAUUACAAGUGCCUGUCUUUGCCCCUGGGAUUAUCUAUGAGGAAGUGUCAUUUGAAAGAAUCCAAGCUAGAUUUGACCUUACCCUGAAGAAAAUAAUCACUAUGGAGACAGUGAAUGUCUUUUCAAUCAGGUGUAGUUUCUACUUCCUAGAAUUUGUAGUUUGCUAUCCUAAUGGGAUAAUGACUGUAUCUGCUGUUAUGAAGACAGUUCCAUCUAUUGACAUGAGCAAAACAAGACUGAAAGACAGGACCUGUAAGCCAAAAGAGUUUACCAAAGAACGAGCCUUCUUCCAGUUUCAUGUUUCCACCUGCGGGACUUUGGUGAAGUUUGAAGGUGACCAUCUUAUUUAUGAAAAUGAAAUAUCCUUUGAAAGAGGGAUUCUUCCAGUACAGGGACCACCAACUAUCACAAGAGAUCCAGAGUACAGACUAACUGUAUUCUGUUACUACUCAUUCAAAGAGACACUAACACAAAGAGCUACUAUCUUUGGCUCUGCAUCUGAAAUACCUCAAUCUUCUGGCUUUGGGCCAAUAAUGACUAGGUCAAACAUUGCAGGCCAUAGAAGAGUGAGACAAGCACUGAAUGUAAUGGCAAACAUAUUCACGGAUGAAUCUUUCACAGAAACUUAUGGUAAACAUUCAGUACCAUCUAUAUAUUUAUGGGAGCCUAUGCUUCUUGAAGUUCAACUAAAAGAUGAAGCUCCUGGUAUGGAACUAUACUUGGAUAAUUGUUGGAUAACUGAGUCUGAAGAGUUCAACAGUAUUUCUCAGUGGAAAUUCAUUGCAAAUGGAUGUGAGGACCAAACUAAUGGGUUUGUGAACUUCUACUCAGUGUUGAAAAGUGACAGAGUGAAAUAUCCUAAGCAUUUCAAAAGAGUGGGAGUUCAUAUACUGAAUCUUCCUCUGAGAAAGGUAUACUUCCACUGCACAGUUACAGUCAAUAUUUCUCCUUGUGUGUCUCUUAAUAGUCUUCCCUGCAAACAAUGUGGUUUUGGAAGGAAACUUGAUCAGCAUUCUGAAACUCUUCCUAUUAAUCAUGGUUAUGUUGUGGCUGGACCAAUCUUGAUUCUUCAUCCUGACCAAAUUAAGGAGAUGGCCACACACAAAAGUUAGGUGUAGCCGGACAAUUCUACUUGCUGCAGUUGGAUUCUGGAUUCCCAAGAUUGGACUGCUUUAAAUGUACACAUCACAUUAGAUUCCUAUAUUAUCAGAUCUCUAUAAAUUAAAAACAAGAAGUGCAAACUA